CUCUUCCGGCUUUCAGCAGCAGUAGUGACAGACGACUCGAAAAACAAUAUGACAGUUUAAACUUUAAACCGAUGGGCUGUGUGCAAGUGACAGCGUCGUGAGCGCUUCCAGACAGUUUCCACUGAGCGCUGAGUUAAAUGUAAUUUCUCUGGACCUGAGGUAGGGACAGAAACAACAAGGAUGCAGUUUCCUCCCACCAACGGAGACUUCACGUUCGUGUCCUCGACAGAAGCUGAAGACCUCAGCGGCACCAUAAGUGCCCCAGACAUCAAGCUGAACCUGGGCGGUGACACCGGUAAAGACCCGUACACCACCACCUUCCUGAGGCAACGAGGCUACGGCUGGCUGCUGGAGGUGGAGGAGGAUGAUGGGGAAGAGAUCAAACCUCUCCUGGAGGAACUGGACAUUGACCUGAAGGACAUCUACUACAAGAUUCGAUGUGUCCUGAUGCCAAUGCCAUCGCUCGGCUUCAACCGGCAGGUGGUCAGAGACAACCCGGACUUCUGGGGCCCUCUGGCUGUGGUGCUGCUCUUCUCCAUGAUCUCCAUCUAUGGACAGUUCAGGGUUGUGUCUUGGAUCAUCACCAUCUGGAUAUUUGGAUCAUUAACAAUCUUCCUGCUGGCACGUGUUCUUGGUGGUGAGGUUUCAUACGGCCAGGUUCUUGGAGUGAUUGGAUAUUCCCUUCUUCCUCUCAUCGUUAUAGCCCCUCUGCUGUUAGUGAUCAGCCGAUUCGAGGUUGUCUCUACACUAAUCAAACUGUUGGGAGUGUUCUGGGCUGCUUACAGCGCUGCUUCACUGCUUGUCGGAGAUGAAUUCAAAACGAAGAAGCCCCUUCUCAUAUAUCCCAUUUUCCUUUUGUACAUAUACUUCCUAUCGCUAUAUACUGGUGUGUGAUCGGAGGAGUGGAGACUGGACCUUCUAAUGGACAGUUACUCUGGAUCAUAGGGGAAUAAGUCAAAACUUCGGGAACCAGGAUUUUUUAAAAAGGUGUUUAUUUCUUUUUUUAAGUCUGUUAAACUCCAGAUGACAGGGAUGCUGGGAAUACAGUAUGUAUCAAUGUAUAUAGUUUUGUCCCUUUUGUCUUUCGUCAAUAAAAUGUUUGUUGUUUGCACAGCUUCAACUUUGGUAUGCAGACUUCUCGCUCACCAGUGCAAUACAGUCACUUUUGUCCUAUGUUUAUUUGUAGAUCAUAAAGCUUGAAAUAAUCAGAGUUCAACAUUAAUGUAAUGCUUUUUUUAUGAUAUAACACUAAAAAUGUUUUGCCAAAUAUUCGUGGCUUUUUUUUGCAUUUUGAAGGAAUAAGAAAAGCAGCACCAUAGAAGAAGAUUGUUGAUCAGAAGGUUCUUUAUUGUUGUUCACUGUAAUGUACUAUGAGAAAUGUACAUUUAUGCUUUUAAUGUUUCAUGGACUUGUCAGUUGAUUUAUGGAUUAGGCAGCCGAUCAGAUGGACAAGGGCAGUUACAGUGAUAUGAACCAUUGUCUACUGAAUGUGGUGCCUUGUUUUCCCUUCCAUGAGUCUUGUUUGUCACUACAGGAAUAUAAUUAUUUGAUCAACAAUUACAGUAAAUUAUAAGAGAAAUCAUUUGGUAUUUACUGACUUAUUGCUGCUUAACAUACUGUCAACACAGCUGGUCACCCUAAUAUAAAAAUGAAUGCUGUAGAUUAAUCACAUUUGUGUUGGUCUCCAAUGGAUUCGCUCACAAAACCUCUUUCAAAAUAAUGGCUUUUGAAUAAGUUGCUACAUGCUAAUGCUAAACAUGUUUUAAAUGUCAAUGGUUGUCGGUUGUCACAUUAGAGAAGUGAUUAAAUUAAUUGUACUCUUAAUGUGUAUAGUGAUUCUACAGCUGCACUACUGCUUCGAUGAGGCUGGACUUAAACUCAGCAGUGCUUUCAGUGGAAAUCAUGUGAACAUGCUUUAAUGAUGACCAUUUCCAACAUGUGAAACUGUCUUAGCAUCACACACAAAUUUGCUUCAGCAGACAUUUUUAGAGUGAAGUAGGACCUCUCAACGGCCUAACAGGAGGUUCAGUGAAUAAAAAUGAUGAAACGCAA